AUGAGCGGCAAGGCGCUCGCGAGCGACAGCGAGGACGACGAACGCCCGCGAGACGCGGCGCGCGAGACCGCGGCGCCGCCGACGAAAAAGGCGAAGAAAGCGGUCGAUCCGAAGGGAAAAGCGCCCGUCGAAGACUCGGGCUCCGAUGGGGAUGACUCCGACGCGGAUAGCGUGGACAGCGAGUGCGUGGAGAACCUGAGCGGUGACGAGGUGGACGCGUCGAACAUCAUCGAGGGCGGACGUCGCGCGCGACGCGGACGACCGACGACGUUCACGGCGGAGAUGUACGCCAAGGUGGCGCUCGGGAGCGACAGCGACGAUGAAUAA